AUGGCGCACCGGGUGGACAACGAGUACGAUUACCUCUUCAAGAUCGUGCUCAUCGGCGACUCCGGCGUCGGCAAGUCCAACAUCCUCUCACGUUUCACGCGCAACGAGUUCUGCCUCGAGUCCAAGUCCACCAUCGGCGUCGAGUUCGCCACCCGCACCCUGCAGAUAGAGGGGAAGACUGUCAAGGCACAGAUAUGGGACACGGCUGGGCAGGAGAGGUACCGCGCUAUCACCAGCGCUUACUACAGGGGCGCAGUUGGAGCCCUUCUUGUCUACGACAUCACAAAGAAGCAAACCUUCGACAAUGUUCAGAGGUGGCUCCGAGAGCUCCGGGAUCACGCAGACGCCAACAUUGUUGUUAUGUUGGCUGGUAACAAGUCGGAUCUGAACCACCUAAGGUCGGUCCCCGAGGAAGACGGUCAAGCAUUUUCAGAGAACGAAAGCCUGUCCUUCCUCGAGACCUCUGCUCUGGAGGCGAUAAACGUCGAGAAGGCGUUCCACACCAUCUUAAGCGAGAUUCAUCAGACGGUAAGCAAGAAGGCGCUCGUCGCGCAAGUGUCUGCAUCCACCAACGGACGCUCAAUGCAAGGAACCACCAUUAACGUCGCUGAAUCAUCCACCGCCACGAAAGGCUCGUGCUGUUCUAGCUGA